GAGUUUAAUUCUUAUACAGGCAAAGGGUAGGGAUAUUUAAUGGCUUUAUCAGUGAUAGGCAAUGACGCAAAUCUACGUAGCACUGCUAAAAAGUCUAGAUGGACCCUCUAUGGACAUGACGAGGAAGUGAUUAGUGGCUGCACACGUGGAAGUUUAGUAGCUACAUGCAGCGUUGACGGUGUGGCCCUUCUCUGGAAAUUGAACGGUAACGUUGAGGAUCCGUUGAAUGUGUGCAAAUUGAGCAGCGGCGGCCCGGCCUUUCUAGAUUCAACCUUCACCGACGUCGCUCAACUAGCAGUCGCUCAGGGUGAUGCAUGCAUGGGAUUAUGGGAUGCACAGAUAGGGAAAAAGGUUCACAGUUUUUCCCGUUACAAGGCGCCUGGGAGGGCGGCCUGGCCAGUGAUAAAUGUUGUAGAAGGGGCCAUUGACUCCUCACCCAUGAUACUCUAUGGUGGUGAUGAUGGAUAUUUGGUCCUUUGCGAUACUCGCGCAGCAUCGAUCGUUUCGUCGUUGAAUCUCAAGGUUCCUGUGACGGCCCUUUCUACUUCCGCAAGUAUGACUUUCGUGGGGGAUGCUUCUGGCCAUGUGAGGUGGUUCGACUUCAGAGUCUACGAAAAGAGCGUGGUAGACCUCAAAUGCAGCCAAGAGGUUGUCACAGGUGUGUCCUCAAACGAAAUUGGUGACAGGCUUGUCGCGUACAUCAUGGAUGGAAAAGCAUCCCUGAUUGACACCAAGCCCUUUGCCUUGUCGAAUAACGAGCGUAUUCUGAGCGAGAUUACAGUUUCUACCUGUAGUGAUGAUCGCAUUUUGCGGAAGUGCGAUUGGUCAAGCCAGUGUGGGACGGUGGUGUUUCCCUCACCUGAUGGCUGUGUCGCGUGUGUUAACCCCAAUGCCUUUUUGGACGGUUCCUUUCAAUCUAUUCAUUCUAAUGGGGCGAUUCACUUCGCACUUUUCGUACAGGAUGGGUAUGUGUUGUGCGGUGGGGAGUCGAGUGUUGAAUUAUGUGAGUGGUAGGCCAUUGUGUAUGUGCGUUAUUUUGUGAAUUUGCGAACUUAUUUCGUUUUAAAAAGAAAGAUAAUAAGUAGUCGGUUAAUUGAGUCGGAUAAUACUGUCUGACUUAUUCUACAGAAUCAAA